CAGAGACUGACCUAGGAAGCACAGGGCCUGCGGCUUCUUUAAGAAGGGGCGGGAAACAGCGGCUGGAGGAAGUGAGGUCACAGGGAGCGCGGAAGCCGGAAGUUGCCGCCGGAGCCGCGCGUGGGGUAAUGUCUGCCAGCGGCGCUGUGCAGCCCGGACCCCCGGGGGCUGCCGUCGGGCCCUCGCCCCCUGCGGCGGCUGGGUCACCAGCCACCGGGCCUUUGUUCCGGCCCCUCAGCGCCGAGGAUGAGGAGCAGCAGCCCACCGAGAUCGAGUCUCUGUGCAUGAACUGUUACCGGAACGGCACGACGCGGCUUCUGCUCACCAAGAUCCCCUUCUUUAGAGAAAUAAUCGUGAGCUCCUUUUCCUGCGAGCACUGUGGCUGGAACAACACCGAGAUCCAGUCAGCGGGCAGGAUCCAGGACCAGGGAGUGCGCUACACCUUGACCGUGAGGAGCCAAGAGGACAUGGACAGAGAAGUGGUGAAGACAGACUCGGCCACCACGAGGAUCCCUGAACUGGAUUUUGAAAUUCCAGCAUUCAGCCAGAAGGGGGCUCUGACCACUGUUGAAGGACUCAUCAGCCGCGCAAUCUCUGGCCUGGAACAGGACCAGCCCACACGACGGGCAAUGGAAGGUGCCAUAGCAGAAAGAAUUGAUGAGUUCAUUGGCAAACUGAAGGACCUAAAGCAAAUGGCUUCCCCUUUCACGCUGAUCAUUGAUGACCCCUCGGGAAACAGCUUUGUAGAAAACCCACAUGCUCCCCAGAAAGAUAAUGCCUUGGUGAUCACAUACUACGACCGGACUCCACAGCAAGCUGAGAUGCUGGGGCUCCAAGCAGAAGCACCAGAAGAGAAGGCAGAAGAGGAAGACCUUAGAAACGAAGUGCUCCAGUUCAACACAAACUGCCCAGAGUGCAACGCUCCAGCUCAGACCAACAUGAAGCUUGUCCAAAUCCCCCACUUUAAAGAGGUCAUCAUCAUGGCCACCAACUGUGAGAACUGUGGGCAUCGGACUAAUGAGGUGAAGUCCGGAGGAGCUGUAGAAGCUCUGGGUACCAGGAUCACGCUCCACAUCACAGAUCCCUCAGACAUGACCAGAGACCUCCUCAAGUCUGAGACCUGUAGUGUGGAAAUUCCAGAGCUCGAGUUUGAACUGGGAAUGGCUGUACUUGGGGGCAAGUUCACCACUCUAGAAGGACUGCUCAAAGACAUCCGAGAAUUGGUAACCAAGAAUCCAUUUACACUUGGCGACAGCUCUAAUCCUGACCAGUCAGAGAAAUUGCAGGAGUUUAGCCAGAAGUUGGGCCAGAUCAUCGAGGGCAAGAUGAAGGCCCACUUUAUCAUGAAUGAUCCAGCAGGAAACAGUUACCUGCAGAAUGUGUAUGCACCUGAAGACGAUCCGGAAAUGAAGGUAGAGCGGUACAAGCGCACCUUUGACCAAAAUGAGGAGCUCGGCCUCAAUGACAUGAAGACAGGGCUAUGAGGCAGGCCUGGCCCCACUGCGGUAGCAGUGGGCAGCUCACAGGCCAGCUGCAGGGCUAUUUGUUACUGUUGAAAAACGAUGAGUGUUGAAGCCCUUGUCCAUGGUGAGGAAGAUACCACUUGAAUUAGAAAUCUAAGCACACAGGGAGGUUAGCAGCUGACGAUUCAGCUGCAGGCCUACUGUGCUCCUUGACCUUCUUUUGGAGGAUUUAAGCCACUGUGAGAAGAACCACAGAAACACCGAGCAGUCUGCCAUCACCUUUUUUGUGUCAGCUAUUUGGCUUCCAGUGCUGGGCCUCUGAAGUCUGAAGAAGUGAAAUACAAGUUUCUGCUGGUUUUGGGCAUGUGAAGUACUGACUUUCAGCAGGAAAGAAUGACGGAGGGGCUGAGCAGGCACAGCUGGAGAAGUGUUCAUUAAAGUGGUGGCUUUUAAACAACA